CCAUACCCCACUAUCCAUUUCCAUUUCUAAUAGAAUAAUAAGAAUUCUUAAAAAUGAGCCUCAUCAUCAAUUCGUCAUUCAAUAUUAAUAUCAAUAUCAAUUUCGUCUCUAUUUAAUUACAGGAAAAAACAAAUAAAUAUCAACAGUUUAGAUCGUGACGAGGUUAAUCAUAAUUGACCUAUUUAAUUCGAUUUAUCUAUUUCGUUCGUUAUUCGAUCACAUAUCCCUACAGAAAUCUGAUCUUGUGGUUUCGAAAGUACACAAGGAUUCGAUCAUCAACCGAUUGAACGACGAACAUAUCCAAUAUGACAUCUUCCGAACCAUCCAAAUCCAUAGGAUCACAAUUUGAAGCAUGGGGAAAUUCCUCUUUCGCUCCUACAGGACUCGCAACACUAAUAACGGCACUUCAUUUUCGUCCAUUACAAAUUAAACCUAUGUUAUUCGUACCUAUAUUACUCUUCUCUAGUUAUGCCAAUCUUCAAGGGUUCAAGAUUGAUAGUGCUGGUAUCACUGCGGCAAGUAGUGGUACAUAUGCUCUAUUAGCUUUAAGAAGAAGACCAAAUACCUUUAGGAGUCGAUUUUCAAUUCGAGGUAUCGUUAGAGGUGGUGCAAUUGGUAUAGGAUUGAUGAAUGUUAUCGCGGCUGGUUGGGUAUAUGCUAAAGGUGAUCGAAAUAAAGAAAAGGAAAAUAGGAGGAAUAAUCCAAGAUGGGUUGAAUGAAUAUCUUAAUCAUGUGGUAGCAUGUACGAAGCAUACCAAGAAAAGGAGGUUUCAUGGAGGUAGCUCUGAAGACUUACCGAACACCUUAUGUGAUGGUGACAUAUUUGGAUGGGUAACCAGACGUGUCACAAAUACUUGAUUUAAUAAAAUAAGCUGUGGAAAACCCUUCAAUUGAUGUAUCUUGGAUUUGAAUUGUCUA